UUAAUGUCUAAAAGUCCUAUUGGCCAUCGAAAACCCACGCCAUAUCAAACUCGCGAAGCGAACUCAAACGUUCCUGUAACGAAAGACAACAUAUACUCAACGCACCGAUCUCCUUCUCCCUCUCUGCAAUGAAAUAUUGAAUCUUUAUGUGCAAGGAUGAUGGACUAUACAUUGCCUAUAUCUAAAAGGACCAGGCUUAGAGAAGCUGAAGUGUAUAAGAAAUUGCAUGAUGAGAUUAGGAAAGGGAGAAACCAAGGGAAGGAAAGCAAUGCUGCCGCUACCGGGUCAACGAAUGGACUUAAUGGUGCUCAAGAGGAAAGCGUUGGCGGGUUGUCUUACAAGGGAAGUAAGAGUCCAGUUGUCUUGGAUGAUAGUGAAGACGAUGCCUUUUUGGAUGACUGUGAAAAGGGGGGGCUUGAGGAAGGGUUGGAUGUUGUUUCCCUUGACGAUAGUGAUGAUGAUGAUCAGAGUGAGGGAGUAGAGAGUAAGAGUUUUGACGUUGGUGGUAAGAAGAGUGGGGGAACAGAUGUGGGUGGAAGUUGUAGUGGCGUGAAAUCUGAUGGAGAGGAGAGUGGGAGAUCAAAGGUUCCUCUUCCUCGUUGGCAGAGAAUUGUGAACGAGAGUUAUAAUGGUGAUGUUUUUGCGCAUGAGAGGAAUGAGGGUGGCGUGUGUUUUUUGUCGAGUGGAAUUGGGAAUGGAAGUGGUGGGGUCGGUUUGAAGGGGAGGGAGAGUAAUGGGGUAGCCGGAAGGACUGAGUUGCGGUCCGGGUUUUGUGAAAAGAAGAAGGAUGGUAAUGUUGUUGUUGUUGUUGAUGAUGAUGAUGAUGAUGCUUGUAUUAUUUUGGAAAAGGAUGCAGAGGAAUUGCAGAGUUCUUCUAGUGGAGAAGAGGAAACCUUUAAAGAUGAUUCAGAUGAUGAUGAUUAUAGAGUGGAGUUACCGGAGAGUUUUAUGGUUGAGGAGGAAGAGAAAGAAGAGGAUGGUGAUAGGGAGCAAGGUGAGAUGGAAUUGAAGAGGAACAAAGUUUAUGGAAUUGAAGUGUUAUGCGACUCUGAUAUUGGUAAAUUUGAGAAUAAUGAUGUCGACAUGGAUGAUUCUCUUUGUGUGGCAAAACGUACCCGAUCACACUAUAAUUUGGAAUCGGCUAAGAAGAGAAUGAAGCUUGAAACAGUUAGCCGACCACUUUGUGUUGAUGAGGAGAAGUUGGAUGAUAAUGGUGACAAUGAUGAAGAUGAUACUGAAGCCUAUGAAGCAGUUGAUGUUGCUCAGAAAGUUCGGUCUAAGAAAGGAAAAACUAAACCAACAGGAGGGAAUGGUGGUGACGUUGAUGAUGGUGAUGAGACUUGUGAUCAUAAGUCUCAGAGAAGGACAAUUGAGUCUAGAGAAGGCAGUAGAGAUGAGCAUGGGCAUGGUGUAUGUAGAAGGAAGCCUAGUAAAAGAAGGCGAAAAGAAUAUGAAGUUGUCAAAAUUCUUGCAAAUUCCCUUUUUCUGGACCUGGAAGAUGUGCCUUUCAAAGAAGAAAGGGAACCACUCGAGGAGCCAGUUCUUCCUCUGAAGUUCACAUUUGGAAUUGAAGAGUCAAGUCCUCCAGUUAAAUCAGAAGAGGAGAAACAAUUGGAGGAACUUUGGGCUGACAUGGCCUUAGCUCUUUGCUUAAAGGACACCACUGAUGAUGCAGCGCUGGAUGAAAAUGAAGAUGACGCCCAUGAGGUUGAACCUGAUACAGUCACCCUUUGUCAUCAGGGGAAUCACGAGCUUUAUCUUGAUGAAGAAAUUGGACUUCUAUGCAAAUAUUGCUCUUUUGUGGAUUUGGAAAUCAAAUACUAUGUGCCCCCUUUUGAUAGAUAUCCUAGGGGGAAAUCAGCUAGGAGAGACUUUGUGACAAUGCAACACAAUAUCUUCAAUGAUCUCCAUCACCAAGAUUCUGGUCAUGACACACAUCCUGAUUAUGAUCCUUGCACUCUUGUGCAAGGCACAGUGUGGAACUUAAUUCCUGGUAUUGGAAAGGGUAUGCAUGGACAUCAGCGUGAAGGCUUUGAGUUUCUGUGGAAAAACAUAGCUGGAGGUAUUUAUCUUGACAAGCUGAAAGAGAAUGCUAACUUAAAUGGUGGGACAGGAUGCAUUAUAUCCCAUGCUCCUGGGACUGGGAAAACCCGCCUAACCAUAGUGUUUCUCCAGACAUAUAUGCAAUUAUAUCCAACAAGCAGGCCUGUAAUAGUUGCUCCUUGUAGCAUGCUCCUUACAUGGGAAGCAGAGUUUUUGAAGUGGGGGGUUGACAUUCCCUUUCACAUUAUGAACAAGAAAAAUCUUUCUGGAAAAGAAAAUAGGACAGCUAUGGAUCUUUUCAGGGAACUUAAACCUGCAGAGCGUGGUUUAAAUGCCAUCCGUAUGGUGAAAUUAUAUUCUUGGAAAAAGGAGAGGAGUAUCCUGGGGAUCAGUUACAGACUUUUUGAAGAACUUGUUGGUGAAGAAAAGAGUAAAACCAAAGUAUCAGAUAAGACUGAAGAUGACCAGGUAAGGAAAGUCCUUCUUGAACUUCCUGGUCUUUUAGUCCUUGAUGAAGGACAUACACCUCGAAAUGACAGGAGUCGUAUCUGGAAAGCUUUGUCGAAGGUCCAAACACAAAAACGGAUUAUACUCUCAGGAACACCCUUCCAAAAUAACUUUGAUGAGCUUUAUAACACACUGUGCUUGGUAAAGCCUAAAUUUGCAGAUGAGAUCUCGUCCAAACACCAUAGAGCUUUUCCUAAAAGGCGUCGUUGCAAGAGAAAUACUGAUGCGAGAAGGAAUUGGGCCUCCUUGACAACUGCGAUUGGCAAAGUCACUGAUGAUAAACUGGAAGCUCAGAGGGUAGAAGAGCUUAGAAAGAUGAUUUGGCAAUUUGUGCAUGUACACAAGGGUGGUGUGCUACGAGAAAGACUCCCUGGAUUGAGGGACUCUGUGGUUAUCUUACAGCCAGUCCAUUUGCAGAAGACCCUUCUUGAAAAUGUCAAGCAAAUUAAUGGCCUGGAUCAUUUUGAGAUGGAAUAUUUGUUGUCUGUGCUUUCUGUACACCCUUCUCUGUUGCCAGAGAAAUCAGUUGGAACCCUAGAGUUUAAGUUUGUUGAUCGGAUGGAGUUAGAAAUGCUUAGAUCAAAACCUGAGGCUGGAGUCAAAACAAAAUUUCUUAUGGAACUCAUUCGGCUUUGCCAGGCGAGGAAUGAGAAAGUUCUGGUGUUCAGUCAAUAUCUUGAGCCACUGAACUUGGUAAUCAAGCAGCUGGAGUCAAAUUUCAGUUGGAUCCAAGGAGAAGAUAUAUUAUAUAUGCAUGGAAAGCUUAAAAUAGAUGAACGUCAAAUAUUGAUUAAGCAUUUUAACAAUGCAAAUAGUAACGCAAAAGUGUUGCUCGCAUCAACUAGAGCUUGUUCUGAAGGGAUAAAUCUUGUUGGUGCUUCAAGAGUGGUUUUGCUUGAUGUUUUGUGGAACCCAUCGGUGGAAAGGCAAGCCAUCAGCCGCGCCUACAGGCUAGGGCAAGAGAAAGUUGUCUAUAUUUAUCAUCUCAUUACUUCAGGAACAAUGGAAGAGGAGAAGUAUUUUUGUCAAGUUGAGAAGGAGCGAUUGUCAAACCUAGUGUUUGAUUGCACAAACAGAAGUAGCAAUCAUCAAAAGGGCGUGUUUGAUAUCGCUGAAGACAAAAAGGACAAAAUUCUGGAAGAAAUGGUUCAGCAUGACAAACUUAAACUCAUGUUUAAAAGAAUCGUAUACCAACCAAAAGAUACUAAUAUAGUCAAAUCUUUCGACUUGGAUUUGUAAUAAAUCAUGCUGAAAUUUUGCUACAAUAAUAUCUUCAAAAGAUGCACAACAAUAUAUUUCAUACUAUAUACUAUGAUUAUGAUUUUGAGUGUGUUUUAUUUUGGAACAUAUCAAUGAUUCAAUACCAUCUAGGAUGUUAUGUUUUGAUAAAAUAAAUUUUUAUUGCAGGGAAACCUUAGGAAUCUCAAUGUUAGUUGAUAUACAUUUAAAUGAAAACAUUUAACUAGCAGAUCUGACACUGAUUUUGUUACAGUUUACAGUGUAUUUGCCACUAUAGAUUAGUUCAUUCUGACUUUGUUGUAGCCUGUACUACACUUUAACUAUUUGCUACAACACAAGCCUGCGAAUUCCCAAUUCUUCUUCACACCUCUCCAAACCCUAAAAUCCCCAAUGUCACAAGAUAUCCAAUUAUAAUUUACAAUCUCGUUUGCAACCCAUAGCUUCAUCAUCUCAGUCCUCAGUAUAUAAAAGAUUGGUUGGUGGAGAAAUUAAUUCUCCAUCCUCUACUGUCAUAACCCCAUCAUAUGUAUCGCCCUUGUCCUACAAUGUUGAAUUUGAAGAUGAAAGAACUUUACUGGUUUGUGCAGCUUCACCACAAACGCCUGAAGUGAACUACUACGAAGGGCCUCCUAUGAUCUGUAGUCGUAUCUAUACCUUUCCCUUUCCAUGUUUCAGCCUUUCACCCCAGCUUCCCCAUUCUUAUUGUAGAUUUGCAGUCGUAUCGGCCUGUAAUAAAAAUAAUCUAAUGUAAGAAAUUGAUGCGAUUAUUAUUCGGUUAU